ACCCUAAACCAGUCAUCCACACAUCCUUUUCCUCUGCGACGCUGCGUCUCUGUCUGCCUCAGUGCUUCCCGCUGGUGCGCUGCUGGCCUGCUGCGAUCCACUCCCCGGAGCUUCUGAUCGUCUCCUCCACUGCUGUACGCCUCUACACUUCCACACCACAGUCGUCAGGCCCCUCAAGCUCCCUCACCGCCUCAGAGAUCAAGCUCCUCCACUGCUGCACUCUUCUGGCUAGUGGCUGCACAGGCUUUCUCUUUGGUACGGGAGGCAUAGGAAAAAGUAAAGUAAGUUUGUGCUCAUGAUUUAUUUCUUACUAUUAUAUUUUAUUUGGUUCAUUGUAUUUUCUAUUAUUAUCAAAUAAUGAUUGAAAUGCUUUUCUUUAUUAUUAUCGAAUAAUUGUGAAAUUGUUUUAAGUAUGCCCUUAGAGGUGGCAAAUUAGUAAUUGCAAAAUUUCUUCUUCUGACAAUCCUCACUUCAGCCUUCCGCUUUUCUUCUUCUCCGUUUCUGAACCGGUACGUGCAUUCCCGCUGGUACAUUUGAUUCGGUAGUUUCUUCUUAAGGCUGCGUUUGUUCAAGCAAAAGAAAAUGAUGAGUUGUGAAAAAUAUUUUUUUAUUUUUUGUAAAAAUUUUAGAGGAUUGUUUGAAUUUUAGCCUGUGUUUAGAUUUUUAGUUUUCGUAGUAAAUGUAAAAAAUUAUUUUACAAAAUAUUUUUUUUAUUUGUACAUUUUAAAAUAAUUAUAAAUAGACAGGUUUUUUUUAAAAAAAAAUUCUAAAGAUUAUAUAAAUCUAUUUUUGGGUUUUAUGUGAUUUGGAAGAAACUCAACUCACAGCCCACUUGAAUCAAAGUUAAUGAUCCGAAUACCAUACUACCCUUCAUAAAGUAGGAUUAAAAAAUAAUGUGACAUUUUUAGUAAAUUUUUUUAAAAUUAAAAAUAAAAAAUAAAAUUAUUUAUACAAAUAUAUAAUGCUAGAACUUUUUUAUUGUUAUUAAUUACUUUCACAUAAAUUUUGUAUUGAACAUAGGUCCGAUGACAUUACAUAUAUGCCAUGGUCUCACGAUUAAUUCAGUUGCUAAAAUUAAUAAUAGAAUGCGAAAUGAAUUCUUAGGAAAAUCAUAUAAUUUAAUUCAUUUACUGUUGCCUUGUGGAUACGUGAUUUUAAUGUCAUGAUCCCAAUAUCUCAAUUUGCAUACAAUUGUAAACACACCUUAAACUUGAAUCAUAGUAAUGUACUCAUUGCAUAUUAACACUUAAAAUGUAGAGCCAUGAAUUGAUAGUUCCUCUUCUCUUCCUUUAUAUUGUCCCAUAUUGAUAGUUUAGGUCAAAUAUUAUGAUCAACAUGCCUUCUUAUAGCUUUUGAGAGCUUGCUUUACCAUUUUUAAAUUUAGAAAUUAGUUCAAAUAUAGGCAAUUCUCAUAAGCCUAUAAUGUGUGUGUGUGUGUGUGUGAAUAGAUUAUUACCCAUUUAAAACAUUAACCAACACUCAACAUGAGCAACAUAAUAUUAAUGCUCGUUACAUGUGCAAAGCAUUUUAGCAAUGGUAAGACAUUUUUUCGCUCUUCUAUGUAAUUCUAGUUUUACUCAAAUUAACCAUCAAGUUUCAAUAUUUUGGUGCACAAUGAUCCAUUUUGUCCCUAAUUGCUUGAUCUUGUCCCUAUUUGCUAUAUGAUAUGUUGUUUGCGUUAAUGACUCAUGUUCUUAGCUUUUGAUCUUAGCUUGACUAUUAAUGUUCUUUCGGGUUUUUUUUCAAUUUUUCCAGCUUGCAUAAAGUUUAAUAAACUUCUUUUAUUGGCGAUUCAGACCUCAUUUAAUUAUUUUGCACUGCAAAGGUGUGACACUUCAAUGGAGGAGGAUUUUUUUAGUAAUUUGCCGGACGACAUUCUGGUUUCUAUCUUGUCUCUACUGAGUUUGAAAGAGACUGCAAGAACUAGUAUCUUAUCCCAUAGAUGGAUGAAUUUGUGGAAAUUUACGAGUAGAUUGGACUUUGAUAAUUCACAGUUGGUGAUGGGCAGUUCUAUGCAUUGGUGGGCGAACCCACUCGAAGUUCAAUGGUCUAGGUUUGGUAAUUGGGUGAAUAAUGUUUUGAAAAAGCAUCAAGGUACCAGUAUAGAUGAAUUCACAGUUUGCUUUUAUGUGAAUGAGAAUAGUUCUAAAUGCAAUAUUGAUAGUUGGAUCAACUUUGCAUUACAAAAGAGAGUUCGAAAGCUUCGUUUGGAUUUUACGAGUUUAAAAAGGCAAUUUGAAUAUGGAAGCUACAUUCUUACAACUCAGUUUCUUGCUAGUUACAACCUUAAUUCUUUAGUUGUUCUCCAUCUGAAUGGCGUGGAAGUCACUGGCAAGGUUGUUGAGUACAUUUUAUCUCAUUGCCCGUUGCUUGAAGUGUUAAGUGUGACAACCUCAAAAUCCCUUGUACAUCUUAAAGUUUCCAGUCCUUCGCUCAAGCUUAAGUGCUUAGAGAUAAGACUUUGCUCUUCCUUAAAGUAUAUUGAGAUUUCUGCAACAAGUCUUAUGUCAUUUAAGUAUUCGGGACAAAAGAUACGUAUAUUAGUUAAUAAUCUACCUCACCUAGUUGAGGCAUCUAUUGAGGGAUGGUACGCUUGCUUUCUAGUUGAAAAUGUUUGUCAUUUCAAAAGAUAUCUCUCUAAACUACAAACACUUCUAUUGGACUUGAAACUGGAGGGUUUUAGAAGGUUCCCCAAGAUUCCUAAGUUAAAAAAUCUCAAGGAAUUGGAAUUGUUAUUGAGUGCACAUGCUAUUAAAAACCUUAUUUAUUGUGAUUCGCUACUGAAAGCGUCCCCUUUGUUGCAUAGAUUUAUACUAAAGAUUUUUGGGUUGCGGUCUUUCAAUUCACACAAAAAGGCAAAUGAGAGGGGAGUCGGACGAAUUCAUCCAUGCGUGAAGGUGAUUGAACUAUGUGGGUUUUAUGGAUGUGGUUUAGAUUUCGAGCUAGUGCUACAUUUGCUUAAAAGGGCCGUGUCACUUGAGAAGUUAGUAAUCGAUACUUGCUGUGUGGAUUUUCAAGGACGCAAAUUUGAUUGUAGGGACCUCAAGCAAAAGUUAGCAGUGAAAACUCGUGCCAAGCAGCUAAAAACCAGAUUACCUCCAGGAGCUGAAUUAGUUAUAUUUUAAUGAAUUGAUUUGGUAUGCAAGAAAAGAAUGAGAAAAAUUUGACCUUCGUAAUUUUACACAUCUAUUUGAUAUAUGAUUUUUCAUUCCA